UUGGGAAGAGGCUUUCUUCCAGCCCUGGGAGGCAGUUGUUGUGAUCAAAAUAGUACUUCUUAAGAUACAGUAACAGUUUCUCUGGUCCUUCUUGUAAAACACAAACACUCCUUUAAUGAAUCAAUAGCAACAAUUGAUGGGCAAAUUGGAGGACAUGAGAGGGGGGAGCAAAGGUGAAAAAUUGAAUUGACAGAAGACACUUUAGCUUUUUAUUCCUUCUUGGGAUAUUCCACCACAAAAUGGUCAUGGUGUGUAUUUUUCGCGAGACAUUUACGAAAAAUUCUCAAUGGCUCCAAGCCUUUCUGAGUUACUGUCAAAAAGGCAUGGGGGAGACAAUGCCGAUACGAGCAAUUCUGGGCAAGGAAAUUGUGCUUCGAGCAAAUUGGCUCCAGCAAACCCAGUCAAAGUGACAGUUACGCCUUCAGCAGAGGCCGUCCCUUUUCAACACCCCCGCGUCCCCUAUACUUACUUUUCUAGUUUGACUGAGAAAGAGCAGAGGAGAUACUUAUAUUUGUUGUCCACGUACUUAAAUGCCAAGCCCAGCCUGAUAGGCACGUCCGAGCAAAAAGAUUAUUUGCAGUAUCUGCAAAUGAAAGAAUUUGUGAGCAAAGAAGUUGCAGAGUUCCAAAAGUUUGCCCAAAAUGCUGCUCGAAGUUGUGCCAAAGAUUAUGAUGAGAUUUCUGAGGAGGCCUCGCUUUAUGUCAAGAAAUUUUUAACUUGUCGUAUUGGUUACGUGAAGAAGUACCCUGAAUGUUAUACCCUUCAUGAAGUUACCAGCAUCAUGGGAGGAAAAUUUAGCACAGAACUGACAUUAAAACUUGAAAAAAGCCUUCUUGCUUUGGGAAAGGUAAACUUCAUUAAGCGAUACUUUCCAAAACUACCCACAUCAAUACAGUUACCAGAUAAUAGUGAUAAUAAUGAGCUGGGCAUUUUAACUCCAGAACAGAGAGCUUCAGUGCUGCAUGAUGCGGUGAGCAGGGAUCCAAACGCUGAAAAACUUGCUGCAAAAUACUGUCCUCAGGUGGUGCUAACAAGCGAGUCGUUAUUCACAUUGUUAAACAAUCACGGUCUGGAUUACAGACAGCAGUGGGAACUGCCUGUUUCCGUGAAAACCAUUUCUGCAGAAGGCCUCAAACCAGUUAAGGUUGUCUAUCUGGAUCCCCCUCUUCCAAAGAAAGAGAUGACUAUAAGAGAGAAAAACCAGGUUUUUCACGAAUUUCUGUUAGACUUUCACAUGACCAAACGAUCACAUGUUGUUGCACAUGCUAUAAUUCUUGACAAGGCACCUGAAGUACUGCUGGAAGCUGCCCCUGAAGAUUGCCAUGCUAGGCGGGUGCCAGUAGCCGAUUCUACAGAUAUAGACUUUAACACUGAUGUCACAGAACUAGAAACCUUUGGUUCAACAUCUAAGCUUCUGAAUUUUGCUAAACAAGAGAGCACUCCGACAAAACCUGCCUUUUUAUCUAAAACCUUGUCAAAGCAUCCGAAAGUCGAAAAAGAAUCGGUGUGGGGUGUGAACAGUGAACAGGGAGAGGGAAGUCGUAAAGCCGGUGAGCAGAGGACAGAAUUUAGCAGCAGGCAGAAUUUAACUGAGACUCCACCUUCAGGCAAUGAAGUCUUGGGUUUGAAGGACAAUGCAUCAGUUAAAGAUUUUAAGGCAAUGGCUGCUGAACCAGAAAGCCAAGAGGAAAGUCUGGGCCAUGCUUUAUUUGGUUCAUCUAAUGCAAAAGAUACCUUGAAGGAAGGAACUGAUGUAGCACCAGAUGUGACGUCAACGGUGCCAUCCCACCAUAGCGAUACGGAUGAGGAAUCUUUGGUCAUUGACACAGAAUGUACAGAGAGUGGGCGUUGUGAGCAAAGUUUGAUCACCUCCAGUUGCGACCCCCAAGCAUAUCCUCCCGAGUCUCCUUGCUCUGAGGAAGCCUGUUCCAGAAAACUGGCUGAUCCGUCGGCGCUUUCAGAACAAGAAGUGAAUGUUCCCCCAGAACACUCCAAACUGUUGUCCGAAAAGGCUGAUCCUCUUGGGCAGAUCCUGAAAAUGCAAGCUGAGCUCCACAGGUCGCCUUCUCCAAACCAUCGGGGGCAGCCGCAGUCUCACCCGGAAAGAAGUUUGAGUCUCGUGCCAAGCCAGGAGCACACGCAACCAGAAACUUCCUUGCCUUCCACUCCGGAGCCUGGACAAAGUGCCGCUGCAGAUACCAGCAGUUCCUUCAAGUUCACCUGGGCAACAAACUUUCAGGCAUCACAAAAACGGGCCUCUUGGGAUGCCGCUGAGGAUCGCUCGGAAUAUACGCUGCCGCCGCAGGGCAACGCGAUCUACAAACUCUUCCGCCUGGACAGCUUGCUGCUGUUGGUACGCUGCUCUGUGCAGAAAGCUGAGCUGAGGCCGCGCAAUAAGAAAGUCAGAGUCAAGCGCCACUUCCCAGUUUAUGUAUUGCCGAAACUAGAAUAUCAACCCUUCUAUGGUGCAGAAGCAUUGAGUGAAAGUGAAAUAUGCCAGCUGUGGACAGAAAGUUUGUUACAUUCCAACAGCUCAUUUGCAGUUGGUCAUAUCGAUGCCCUCACUUCACAGCUCUUUCUGCUCGAGCGGCUCUCGGCAGAAGAUUUGAAGAAGAGAUUUGGCACAUUCAAGCCGGCAAAUUCACUGAACAUUCUUCAGCAUCUCCUGAAGACAGUGACUGCCUUGCAGGAGGGCUCCUACCUCUUGGCUCACGCCGCGGGAGACGCCUCGGUUGCAAUCUAUCGGCGCGCCGACGAAAAGGCCCCCAGGACCGCGUACAACUUGCACGCAGCUCACGCCGACCUGCCCGGAGUGCCUUCCACCCUCUCGGUCCCGUGGGUGCCGCUGGAUCCCAGCCUCCCGUUGCCGGCUCACUUCGCGCAAGGACGAGUCCCCUGCACAUUCCCUCCGAAGCCGGCAGAGAGCACGAAGAAGCCGAAGAUGAGCGGGACGAACGCAAGCCCUGGCACACCCAGCUGCGGCGAGCAAGUCUCCAUGGAAACAGACAGCAGUCCGUUGCCAGCUAAUCCUUCUCGAAAGAGGCACGGGGCUCUCCAGACCAGUGCGGCGAUGAGAAAUAUCCGUAUGCAGGCCAGCCGGGGCCCGAACUGGAAAUUCUGGAAAAAAGCAAGCACAAGCAAAGACAAAAUGACUUCGUAAGGGUGAAGAGUGCAGGAAACCUUUGAGGUUUUGCUAGCAGUGAAAACCUUGGAGGGAACGGAAGGGGCGGCUCAGAGCAGCGCGGCUGCGCGGGAGAAGGGUGCUGUGGAAGCUUAACUGUUUUCUGCAGUGAGACGGUUUGGUUGAGGAAUGCACCCUGCCGGGUAGAUGCAGGCCUUCAGAGGCAGGUGGGAGCAGCCUGUUUUUUUCUAGGCCAGGCUGCAGUGAAUUAAUGUAGGCCAAGUUUCUAGACAUCGGGG